CGCAGCGCUCGCAUAAACAUGGUUUCUAGUUUCCUCACGAGGAAAUAAUGAUCGCUUUUUUUCUGUAGUAGGGCUUCAUUUUUUUUGCAUUAUAUAUUAAGACAUUAUCCAUUCAUUCCGUGGCUGAAUGCGUCUCGGUAGGCAAUAUUUCGAAGAACGAGUACGCGCGCGAGAAAUCGCGUGCAAGACGAUGUCCUUGAUCGAUGCAAGUGACAUUUAAAUCUCGCUAGUUCGUGUGAUUGUUUCCUUCCGUCUCAAUGAUGGCGGAUGAAUCGUUCACUGAUGGCAGAGCAUCGGAAGAACCAUACACAAGGGUACGAACCUUGGGACGUGGGGCAUUCGGCGAGGCAGUUUUGUAUCGCAAAACAGAGGACAAUGUGCUUGUUGUUGUAAAGGAAGUGAACUUGAGUCGAGCAACUGACAAGGAGAGAGUGGAUGCAGAAAAAGAAGUGGAAAUUCUCUCCUUACUAAAUCACACUAAUAUUGUGACAUAUUUUAAUCAUUACAUUGAUGGUACAUCACUGCUCAUUGAGAUGGAAUAUUGCAAUGGUGGAACUCUGAAUGACAAGAUAUAUGGUCAAAAGGAAUUAUUUGCUGAGGAGAUUGUGAUCUGGUAUUUCUUUCAAAUUUGUUCUGGAAUGAGUCAUAUUCAUGAAUGUGGUGUUGUUCACAGAGAUAUCAAGACCCUAAACAUCUUCCUGACCAAAUCUGGACUGGUAAAACUUGGAGACUUUGGCAUAGCAACUGUAUUAAAAAGCUCCAAAGAAUACAUGGCAGAAUCUGUUGUUGGAACACCAUAUUAUAUGUCACCAGAGAUUGUCCAGGGACAAAAGUACAACCAAAAGAGUGACAUGUGGGCUCUGGGGUGUGUCCUAUAUGAGAUGCUCACCUUAAAAAAAGUGUUUGAUGCAACUAAUCCUCUUAGAUUAGUAUCUGAAAUAGUGAAAGGGAAAUAUGACGAUAUUGAUCCACAGUAUACUCAAGACAUGAACAGCCUGGUAAAAGUCCUGUUGUCGCAGAAUCCUGAAGACCGACCAUCAAUCAAUGGAGUUCUUGCUAUGCCUUUGUUGAGCAAUUUAGGAAGAGAGAUGGAAAAGAAAGUUUGGGAACUAAAUUCUUCAACCAGGCGGGCCAGGCUAGUCAGUGGAUCAACUGAAGUUGUUCCUGUGAUUACAGCCAAAACGAGCGAGGUAUUCUACUGGGGUGGUGGUAAACAAACUCCUCACAAAGUUGACAUGUUCCAGGGAGGUCAUUCUGCCCUGCAGCUUGCUGUUGGUCAGUCUCAUUUUGCUGUUGUCACUGUUGAAAAUGAAUUAUUUACAUGGGCUAAUGCUCAUGGCGGUAAGCAGAUGGUGGGGCAAUUAGGGCAUGGAGAUACCGCCUCUUAUCGCAUUCCCAAACCAGUUGAAGCUUUACACGGAAUUUCUAUCAAACAAGUGGGCUGUGGAGAUGAAUUCACUGCAUGCGUAACAGAGGAAGGUGCUUUGUACACAUUUGGGUCUGACUACUGGGGCUGCAUUGGUUGUAAUAACGAGUUGGACGAAGAAGUCGUAACGCCUUACAAAGUGGAAUUCUUUGUUGAUAAUCCUGUGCUACAAAUAGCGUGUGGCGAGUGCCAUGUUGUAGCUGUUACGGUUUCGAAAGAAGUUUAUUCGUGGGGGUGCGGAGAAUACGGUCGUUUGGGUCUUGGAAAUGAAGACGAUUGUGCUGCCCCACAAAAGGUGGCUGUACCACUGCAGUGUAAGGUUACGUCAGUGUGCUGCGGCUCAGAUUUUACGUUCUUGCUGACCUCAACUGGACGACUGUUGGGUUUUGGUAACAAUGAAGAUAAUCAAUUAGGACUUGAUACACCACAGUCACUCAGGAAAAGACAGACAAAGUCAACCACAGGUCACUUACCAUACGUCACUCUUCCUAAACCUGUUAUGCCUCUUAACAAGUACAGCGUAACCUCUGUUUCAGCCGGGAGAUCACAUUCAGCUGUUAUAGACGCCUACGGCCGGCUGAUAACAGUGGGGUCCAAUAGGUUCGGGCAGUUGGGGGUGGGGGAUUUCAAGCCCCGGGCGGGGCCCUCUAUCAUCGGUGGAGAAAUGGUCGGUAAAAAGAUUGUACAUGCUGCAUGUGGAGAUGACUUCACCGUUGUUGCUACCGCAGAUAAUCAGAUCUACUCGUGGGGUAGGGGCGACAAUGGUCGACUUGGUGUAUUGACUGACAGCCUCGCACGGGCAAAGGGUGGAAUCCCGUGCACAGCUGUCCCCAGGCCUAUUUUUGGUGCCUUACACGUGAUGUCUUGCGUGGCGUGUAGACACUGGAAUUCUCUUAUCGUGGCUGAACGUGUCCUCAGCUCGCGGACUGUCAAACGUGGAGGGUCCCAAGGACGAUCUCUGGAGUCACAGUCAUCGGGUGAUAACGGCGGAGAUUCAGUCUUUUCAGAGCAGAUGAGAUUGGACAUCGAUCAUGACAGUGGCCCCGCCCUUCCGAAUGUCCACUUUAGCGAAACUAAGGACUCCGGUGUGGGCCGCUCGCCUCGGGACCCUGGGCCCGGCUCCGGCCUCAGGAGUCUGGGAGAGAGCAGUGUACCACCAGCGUGGCUCCAGGAUGAGCUUGAUCAGGCGGAGUACAUUUCCAUUGGUUCAAGCAGCUCGCACAACUCCAGCAGGAACCCGUCCCAGGCUAACGCAUCCAGUAAUGAACGUAGUUUGUCCAAUUCUGAGGGCAGUGUCCCAGGCUGGCUGAAAAAUGAACUUCGUGAAGCUGAGUAUAUUCCCAGACAUGGCCCGUCACCAACUCCCCCUCCAAACCAAUGUGAAAUCUCGAUGACGUCUGUAGCGGUCCAGUGUGAUCUUCAGCCAGGUGAUGUUCAAGAAAUGGCAGCCCGGCUUUUACAGCUAGAGCAAGAGAAUGCAAAGCUUAGAGAAACUUUAGCUCAGCAAAGUACCAAAAUGAGGACUCUAAAGCGAGAGAAUGCCACUUACAUCGCAAACCAGAAGAGGUUUUGGGAAUUAAUCGAUUCGUGGCACAAAGAUUGUCAACAAGCCUCUGCGCUGACUUCCGAUAAUAAAGCGGAGAAACAUAGCAGUGGUCCAGCUCACGACUUUACCGACUCCUCCGAUGAAACUUGGGAUGUGUGAUAUACCGGUGGAUAUCGCGCGUAUUUCCCUCGGACUCCGAAAAAGGGGUUUGUGACUUCAGUAGCUGGUUGAAUCUCAGACUUUCGUUAGAAACAGAGAAUUCAUCAACAGAGCACGGUAUACCAAACCAUGACAACAUAGGUAGUGAUAUUUUCAAUAUGGUCAUUUUGUGUCUGGCACGACGUGGAGGCAAAUUUACUCUCUCAGUCAGAUUAGUCGAGAACCUCAUUCUUAGUGGCUGUGUAUUGGUAGGGAAUGUUAUCCUAUGGCUCUCUGUCACGCCAGGUUAGAAGGUCAAGUCAUCUUAGUGUAACUGUAUGCUUAAUUUGUUGUGCCGUUGCACGUCUUGGCCAAAUUUCCAUAGUUCUUGCAUUAACCUGUUACGCUUUCGUAUUGGUAGCGAGAUGUGAGUUAAUCAGUUAUACAAUUUCGUAACCUAGCCACAUCUUCACGAGAAGUGAAAUUAGUGUGUCACGCAAGGCGGUAAGCCCUUGUUUUUUUAGCUGAGCUGAAAAACUGGCUUUAAUUAACGAUCAAAAACUAUGAGGAAUGUGAGACUGCGUGACUGAUCGAUCAUAAGUAGCGAUGUAAUUGACAUUUUUAUAGAAAAUUUGGUUAACUAUCGGUGAUGUAGCUUGCGAGCAGGCUCUCAUUACCAGCGCUGCAGCGCGAUUUUUUCCGCCCGCGAGAAGAUUGGAGACGAGUCGGGUAGAGGCCUGUCAGGGGUCUGGCACGGCUCAUUAGCAGUGCUAGACUACUUGUAGAACUCUCACUGGCUUGUGUUCCUCUAGGCUUCAAACUUAGUUGCGGGCGAAGUGAAAUUAGUGUGAUACGCUCCCACAGAAGGGCGGGUGAUGAGAGCCUGCUCUGAGGCUAUCAGGCUAUCAGUGGUGUAGUCAUGAAUUCAAAACAAGAUUUCGAUAACUAGGAACCCGCUAUUUGAAUUUAUUUAAUAGGUAACGGGGAUCUCUCUUGGAAAUUGAAACAAAGGCAACAGCGUUUUAUUUAUCGUUGUUUAUAUUUAAGAAAAAACUCCAGGUUGUAAAAUUUCUUAUCAGUAAUGUUAUAUUUUUUUAAGAAUCGAAAAGGUUUAUCAAGGGAGGAGAGCUGUUUAUUUUAUUGCAGAACGCGGAAGUACGUUUUAUUUGUUCGAGAAUGAACGAACACUAAACAUAUGAAAAUACCUUAAACAAAUGCACGGGUGAAAGUAAUAAGCACUUUAUUUAUCAUGAGAUGGCAGUAGAGCACGUAUUUAUAGUAGACUAGAUAUUGUAAUAUUUAUUCAUAAUUAGUUAACCAGUUAAUGGGUUAUAACAUGUUGUAGAUUUAUUUAUUGGACAGAAUAAGUAAGAAUAAAUUGAAUUAAAUCGUCUGCUGUCUGUU